GUCGACUUUACUCAAAGUAGCUGAAUCAGGUCAGAUCCACUCCCUUAGCCCGCAUUGGACUGCUUCUCGCCUGUAUCUUGGCCGCGUAGGUCCCCGAUGCAAGAUUGUAGAGCCCGAAUUUUGUCAAUUGGCGCAGUCUUCUUCCUGACAUCUGGCUCAAUUGGGGCUGGCACAUUAGUUCACUGGGUUCUGGUGGUGAUCGUGGAUUAUUGUUGGUACGUAGAGCCAAUCCGGCUUACUGAAUCAGGUCCGCAAUUGGUAACGCGUGCUCCAUCCGACUGCUUGAUCAUGGUCGGACCCCCCCCCAUCUUCCGUACACAUACUAUACGCAGGUAUGACAGUAGGUAUACUGAAGGUAGAGAUUCCGACAAGAGAGAUCUUGUUGACUGUCCACAGAGAUGGCCAACUUACACGCACCAAGUAGAUAGGAUACACACAAGUAAGUUGAAUGCUCCUUAGAAUAAGGCAGACGGGGUGUUCUUGUGUGCUCUAGCUUACCUGUUCGAGCAACUAGGUUC